GGGCUGCAGGCUGAGGACCAGACAGGGGCAGUGGUUUGUGGUCCUCCUGCCCUGAGGGUUCCUAGGAAAUAGCACCAGGUGCAGGAGCACUCGGCAGCUGGUGGCAGCCCCCGUCCAGUAGAUAGGUGAGAGCUGGGGUCUUGGCUGAUUCCCGUGUCCCCUGCAGGUUGGAGUGGGUGGAGAUCAUCGAACCGCGCACUCGGGAGCGGAUGUACGCCAACCUGGUCACCGGGGAGUGUGUGUGGGACCCCCCGGCCGGAGUGCGCAUCAAGCGCACCAGCGAGGACCAGUGGUGGGAGCUCUUCGACCCCAACACGUCGCGCUUCUACUACUACAGCGCCGCCUCACAGCGCACCGUGUGGCAUCGCCCACAGAACUGCGACAUCAUCCCUCUGGCCAAACUGCAGACGCUGAAGCAGAACACCGAGUCCCCGCGCGCCUCUGCAGACAGCAGCCCGGGAAGGGGCAGCCGCGAUGGGAGCACCGGCUCCUCGCUGGAGCCCGAGCCCGAGGAAAGGGCACAGGAGCUCCCGGUUCGCAGCGGGCGGGCGACAGCCUUGGUCACCUCCAAGGAAGAGAGCAGCAGGUGAG